UCUAUUUUUGUUAGAAAGAAGAGCCCACGUUCUAUUUUAUUCGAAUAAGAGAUGAAAUUUGGUCCGUCAGCAGCGGCAGAGAGCGCGCGAAGAUGUUUGUUAGCCGUUGCGUAGUUACAUUCUCUCUGGGGACUUUCAUCAAACACCUUCCCAUAUCAAAGCGAACGACUUUCUGUCCGUACAGAAUCAGACCCAAAACCAUAACCACCACCAGAAUUCUCUGCUCCUCUUACUUUGAAACGUUAGAUUCGCACCAGAAAGAGCAAAUCCAUCUCUACGUCGACACUCUUCUCGAAUGGAACCAGCGAAUGAAUUUGACCGCUGUUAAAGAGGUGAAUGAGGUAAUGGAGAGGCACAUUGAGGACUCGCUUGCAAUCAUACCACCUAUAAGAAAUUCUUAUCUUUCUCAUUGUAGCCCUUCUUCGUCAAACAACCUCAGCCUUGUCGAUGUGGGCAGCGGUGCGGGUCUUCCUGGAUUGGUUUUAGCCAUUGCUUGCCCAGGUUGGGAAGUGACCCUCAUGGAGUCUAUGAAUAAGCGAUGCCUUUUUCUGGAGCAUGUUGUCAGAUCAGACUAUUUUAAAUGGCCAAUUUAG